UCAUUUCUCUUACCCAAAUUAAAGGCUUCAAUAACAAACCAAACACACUUAGCAUACAUAUGGCCAACGCCGGACCCGACAGCGGCAACAUGAUAUCUGGCUUAAUCGCUCGCGCGGACGACGAGAUAUCACGCGUUAUCGUUCGUAUCGCCGAUAGCAUUGCACACAGAUUCAGGAAGUCCAACGCCGACCCCAACCGCGACAUACCUCACUCUCUUGCCCCCGCAUCAGCCGACGCCGAGAUACCUCCGUCUGUAAAUCUCACCGAUGAAGAGAUAAUAGAUCGCUUUGUCAUUCUCGCGUACGAACCGAUGGUUCGUAGUACCGUCAUAUUUGGAGGUUGUUACGUUGCCUUCGAAUGGAUAAAUAAAGGCUAUUUGCUCGAUUUGAUUUCCAUGAUUCAGGAGAUAUGCGAAGCACUGCUAGCUACCAUUGCUGCUCAGCUGGAGCAAAAGAAUCCUUCAGAUAGGUGUCGUAGUUUGUCCAGAUAUAAUUAUUCAAGAACUUCACAUUUCAGACAGGGUCUUAAAUCCAUCAAAAAAACCUACAUUCAACAAACCGCUGUCACUGGCUUUAGACAGGAAGUAGAGCAGCAUCAGGAAGGCACAUCUAGAGCUGUUGUUCCAAGCAGUAGAUCUACUGGUAAAGAGAAACAGAUUAAGAGAUGCGAAGUAUGUUCUAGAGUUGAUAAUGGAAAAUGAAGGUUGUCAUUUCUAUAACCGUUGAUUGUUUUUUUUUUUGUAACUACUACACUAUUUGGUAUUUAGCUUGAAUGUCUAUGUCUUAUAUGGUAUUUUAUGGUAGACUUGAAUAUCCAAAAGGUCCCUCUAAGUAGGGGGUCACUACGAUUGUAGUCCUGUAAAAAGUUUUUCUUUCAAUUACUCAUUGCAAUCAGUUAUUACAAUUUAUCUA